AUGAUCAAGAAGUACAUUGCUGUUAUAUCCGCUAACCUACUGCUAAAAAUUGCAUUUAAUUCGAGCCUAUUUGGUGCGCAUGCCUUGACCACACGAACAUACGGGGAACCAUCAAAUGCAGGGGAAAAAAUUAUUUUGGUUAACAAUAUCGAACCCCCAGAACAUGAUUCAAUCCAACCAGGUGACUACAUAGAGAUACAAGAAGACAGUGACGGUGUAAAUGUAGCAAAUGAGAAGUAUGAGAAUGAACAAGAUGUAGAACUUCAAAGCUUAGAUAAAAGUAUAAGAAUCGAGGAACAACGGGGAAUACAAAAGGAAGAAGAAAAAGAAAUAGAACUGGAAAAAGAGAAAGAGAACGACCAUGACCACUCUGAUAAAGAUGAAGAAAACCACUCUGAUGGCGAAGACAAUGAUGACAAAUUCAGUGGUGAAUAUAUAGUACAGGAAGUGAACGAAAAUGGAAUAGUUAUACAGGAAAAUAUAAACAGCAUUGACGAAUUGGAAGAUUUACUUGACUUCUAUAGAUCUCUUUAUUCAAUUUUGUUCGUAGAAUUUGAGACAACAAAAACGUACUUAAAUAAAAUUAUCAACUGCGCCACGGAUGAACAAAAAAAUGAACUCUUAGAGGACCACAUUGGUAUUUUACAAGAAAUGUAUGAAAAUUACAAAAAAAGUGAUAACUCUGGAUUACCCUCUGAGCUACGAGAUUCCAUGGCACUUCGAAUAAGUGAUCGCCUUAGAGAUUUCUGCUUUACCGAAUCCAUAACAGAUUCGUACAUGGAAACAUUAAAGUCUAUCUUCGCACUAGAAUUAGAAGUUUUCAAAGGUCUCUUUUGUUAUGUAAAAGAUAAAAGCACCUAUAAUGAAAAAAAGACAGUUAUAAACGACUUAGAAUUAAUAAGAUUUUAUCACGAAGAAUUACUUACGGAAAAUGGCUUGUACCUAACAGAUGAACAGCUAGACAAUGCCGCAAUGAGAGUAUCCAACUUUGUCAAUGACAUGUAUUUUCUGUGCUUCUCAAAUUAUGAAGAUAUGACAAUAUUCCGACAAAUACGGGAUGAAGCCAUCAGAUACUUCGACCUUUGA